CGGGGCUGAGCUCCUCACCUGUCUCACCUUACAUCCGCUCUGAAACUCAAUGCCGCGGGACAAAGGUGCCGGGAAAUAAGCGGAGUUAUUGUUAGAGACUCGAGCGUCUCUCUUUGGAGUCACGGAACCGUCUGGAUGUUGACAUGGAGCCGGUCUAUCGGGGCCUGGGUCGCUGUGUGUGCUGCUUCUGGCUCGCCGUAGCCUUUGACAUCGUGGGACUGGUCGUGCUCCUCAUCGGCGUCUUCGUCAACGUGUUUUUCUAUGACCUGCUCAUCUACGCGGGCGCCAUCGUCAUCUUCCUCAGCCUCAUCUGGUGGGUCUUCUGGUACUCGGGGAACAUCGAGGUGCCCCCGGCGGAGCUGGAGGAUGAUGUCGGGUUACUAAAGAAGGACAAGGGCGGCCUGAGCGCCAUCGGCGGCGCGGUGAGGCGCCUCUCCAGCCGCGUGUCCAGCGGCAUCAGGAACUCGUUCCGCAGGAACGGAGCACCGUCCGGUCACCGUGGGCGCGCGCAGAGGUCAGCGGCCGGGCCGCCGGGAGCUCCGCAGGAGGGGCAGGUGGUCGUUGCUAUGGCAACGAUGGCCCCGCAGGAGAAUACCCCGCACGCGGCUGUGUCCUCAGUGGCGGGCUGUGACAUUGAGACGCUGCACGCGGAGACUUCACCCAGGCCUGUGUAACGCAGAGAUUUUUUUUUUAUUCUUCAUUACUUCCUUGCAGCACUGACCAGAGGAGAGCCAGCCCUACAGCUUCCUUAGCUGUCUUCAGUUCACUUCAGUUGAUGCUAUGUUUUUUUUUCCCCGUUUGUGUGUUUGUUGAGAAAAUGAUGAAAAGAUUUAUCUGAUGAAGAUAUGUGGAAGAGUUGCCAGCAGCCGCUGAGUUGAAGAGGACUGAUAAGGUUUCACAAAAAUUCAUAGUUAUGCAUAUGAAUAUCAUCUUUAUAUGAUUGUUAGAGACAUCAUAGAAGCUCACAGCUGUCAAUCAAUAUGUGAACACGCCUCUGGUCUACUGGGCCUCUCACACUGAGGUUUCAAGCUUCUAUUAGCUGCUGGAAGAUGUAACCAUGGCUGACUCACAGGCCAGAGAGCUACCGAUCGCUGAGGAUGUAGGUGAAGGGCUGGGCGGAGCGAGACAGUAUGGACAGUGUGGACAUCACAACGCCUCCUCAUACCAGCUCUGACGUGGGGGAGACAGAUUUCCCACUUCUAUGCACCUCCCUACAGGAACGAACUGCAGAACAAACUGAAUUUAGAGGGACUGUAAAGUUUUAGUCACUGAUAUUUUUUAAUAAUAAAAAUAAUAAUUGUGGCUGUUUAAUUAGUGUAUAUGCUUGUGUGUGAUGAUUUUUUUGUAGUGUGACUGAAUUGUUGUUUUGUUUUUGUUUUUAUUUUUUUGUGAUGUUGUGUACAGGAUAUCGAAUUUGUUCUCAGGUGUGUUUUGUAAAAGAGGUCUUGAUCUCCAUGACAUUUCCCGAUUAAAUGUAAAC